UGAUGAACUAUGUCUUGUGAAUCAGAUGGAGCGUGGGAUCCAUGGUCUGGAACCUGUAGUAGUAGCUAGCUUUCCAACUAAGAAGUUUGGUGAUGAAUAUUCUCAAUCUGAGCAAGAUACACAAUGCACAGUCUGUCUCUCAGAAUAUCAAGAGAAAGAUGUUCUUCGAUUGCUUCCCUAUUGUGGGCAUACAUUCCACGCGAACUGCAUAGAUAUAUGGUUAAAGCAACACUCUACCUGUCCCGUAUGCAGAGUUUCCUUGCGGGACUCACCCGAUAGGAAGCGAUCGAUGCGUCCUCUCCAUAGCGCAGCCAUCAGAUCCUCCUACUCCCCCACUUCAUUUGUGCCCAGCUCAUUUCAAAUUGCUGGGCCGGGCCGUUCAGUGGAUAUUAAUAGAAUUGAGGCCACUUUAGAGACCGAUACAGCCACUGAUAUAGCUGGGGAACAUGCUUCUACUUUGGGGGAGGUUAACUGCUCUAGUAAAACUGCAUUUGGUCAUGAUAUAGAGGCAAAGCACGUGGAGAGCCCAUCAUAUUCUUAGCAGCUAUUCAGCAUUCAAUGAAGUAGAAAUUGGCUGCUGCAGAUUGCUUUGUGUGGUCAGAAGAAGAACAGAAAUUUUUAGAAGCUAACACUGAUUUUACAAAUUCUACUGUCGGGACAAGAAUGAGAUUAAUGUUUGUUUGUUUUCUUGUGGGAUUAGAUGUACAUAUUAAAAAUUGUUUUGAGUUUUUCCUUUCAAGUUAAAUUACUUUUUGAGUUAUUGAAAGUGUCAAUUUCUUGUGGCUUAUUGGCAAGCAUGUAGUUGAGAAAUCUAAAUGCCGUAGGUAAAUCUUAUUUGAAAUGCCUAUGCUCCGGACCA